AUGGUUAAUCUUAUUGGAUCUUCGAGGGUGGAGCAGAAUAAUAUAAAGAGCAUUAUCGGAUCAUCGUAUAAUCGACUGUACGGCCAGUUUACUUCAGAUGAGUUGACUGAAGUAGGAAACUACAAGAUUUUAAAACAAAUAGGAGAAGGGAGUUUUGGGAAAGUGUAUUUAGCGCUCCAUAGGCCAACGCAUCGUAAAGUGUGCUUAAAGACAAGCGAUAAAAAUGACCCUAACAUCGUCAGAGAAGUAUUUUACCACAGACAGUUCGAUUUUCCUUAUAUUACAAAACUUUACGAGGUGAUAGUGACAGAAUCAAAAGUGUGGAUGGCACUAGAAUACUGCCCAGGAAAGGAAUUAUAUGAUCAUUUACUUUCAUUGCGUAGAUUAUCGUUACUGGAAUGCGGAGAGUUGUUUGCACAGAUUUCAGGUGCUGUUUAUUAUGCGCAUUCUAUGCAUUGUGUUCAUAGGGACCUGAAAUUGGAGAACAUUCUAUUAGACAGAAAUGGCAAUGCUAAACUAACGGACUUUGGCUUCACAAGGGAGUGCAUGACAAAGACAACACUAGAAACAGUUUGCGGUACCACUGUUUAUAUGGCGCCCGAAUUGAUCGAGAGAAAGACAUAUGAUGGCUUUAAGAUUGAUAUAUGGUCAUUGGGAGUAAUAUUAUACACACUUAUUACAGGAUAUUUGCCUUUUGAUGAUGAUGAUGAAGUUAAAACUAAAUGGAAGAUCGUCAAUGAAGAACCAAAGUAUGAUUCCAAGUUUAUUCCCGAUGAUGCUAAAGAUUUAAUCUCACGACUUUUGGCUAAAAAUCCGGGGGAACGUCCAUCGUUACCACAGGUUUUGCGCCACCCUUUCUUACAGCCUUAUGGUUCAGUGGUCUUAGACCAAACAGAAAAAAUUCUGUGCAGACAACGUAGUGGCGGAACUCAGUUCAAAAGUAAAUUAGAAAGACGAUUGCUGAAGCGUCUUAAACGUUCAGGUGUUGAUACACAGGCCAUAAAACAAUCUAUUUUAAAAAAAAAAUGCGACUCACUUUCUGGUCUGUGGUUAUUACUGUUAGCACAGGGCAAAAAGCAAGAAAACUGUAAAUAUCCGAAGAGAAGCAGGUCAGUUUUAUCAGUGAAAAAAGUCAUUGAAAGUGCCACGCAUAACGACAUUAAUAACCUUACCGACGAUGUCCUGAAGCCUUCGCUCGAACUUUCCAGGGCUACUUCAUUGAGUAAAAUGUUGAAUAAAGGCUCAGAUAUUGUAACGUCGAUGACUCCAAUUAGCAGAAAGAAAUCCAAAGAUUCAUCAAAGAUUCUUCAUCGAAAUUUUUCCACAAUAUCUUCACAGAGAGUUUAUAGUCACUCUAUUGCAAGUUCUCCUCCAAAGUCCAGUAAUUUUUUACAAAAAGUUUCCAGUUUUUUCAAGUCAAAAAAGAACUCUAAUAGCAACAGUAAUAGCAGUAUCCACACCGGAGUUAGCAAUGUCCUAGUGCCAAAUAAUAGAAGAGCCCCCCCCUCAGAAUCUUUUCUAAGAAAAAAUGGUAGUUCUCCCCCGAAAUCAAGAACUGGUACUGGUACAGCUUCUUUAAAGACAAAUUCUAAAGAAUCAUUGAGAAAAAAUGUAGUUAGUACAAUAGCAUUACGGGACACUAAUAAUACUACAUUAGAUAGUAACAAGGCUUAUGGGAACACAGUGGAGAGCCUAAAAAUAGCCCCAGAUGUGUUAUUAAACGAACACAUCAGAAUAGAAGAACCCCGGCUUAAACGUUUUAAAUCAUCCGUAUCAAGUGAAAUAUCUCAAACUUCAACUGGUAAUUAUGACAGUGAAUCUGUGGAGAAUUCUAGGUCCAUUUCUUUCGAUGGAAAAGUUUCUCCCCCACCGAUACGGACCCGACCAUUAUCAGAGAUAUCGCAGAUUUCUAAUGACACUUACAUUUCCGAAUACUCCACUGAUGGUAACAACUCGUCAUUUAAGAUUUCUGAGACAGUCAAACCGAGCUAUAUACGAAAAGGCUCAGAGACAACGUCACAAUAUUCAGCCUCAUCCGAGAAAAUGACGAAUGGAUACGGUAGGAAGUUUGUCAGGAGGGAUUUAAGCAUUAUAUCGACAGCAUCGAGCACUUCUGAGAGAAGCUCAAGAACAGAUUCCUUUUACGAUAUCACAACAGCUGCUCCAGCUAUAACUAUUGAUAAUAGAGCGAACAAAAACAACAAGCUGAAGGAGUCCGUUUUGCCCAGAUUUGGGACUCAAAGGCCUUGGACAGGCAAGAGGUCGUAUCCCACAACCCGGCAUGGCAAAAAUGCUAGACGCUCGUCCAAGAGAGGGUUGUUCAAGAUAUCCUCUUCAAAUACUGACUCUAUUAUUCAGGAAGUAAGUUCUUCAGAAGAAGAGGACCACAAUGCUCUCUAUAGUGAGGGCAAAGGUUUACCAGCACCGGUACUACAAACUAAAGGAUUUAUAGAAAUCGGGUUGAACGAACAGGAUGAAGAAGGGGAUGACGAAUAUGCGAUCCAUACCGAUGGAGAAUUUUCAAUUAAACCCCAGUUUUCAGAUGAUGUUAUUGACAAGCAAAACCGUUUGCCAUGUGUGAAAGCUGUUGCAACCAAACGUUCGUUGAGCGAAGGUAGUAAUUGGUCUAGUAGCUAUCUGGAUUCAGAAGGUGUUAGGCCACGCAUAUCUUCAAUGUUAGAGGAAGACGGUGGAGAUUCUGCGGCAUAUGUGCCAGAUAUUAUUGGUGAUAAAGAAGCCAAGAGAGUACCAUGA